CCUGAUGUUACGAAGAAGAGCUUGAACAACAAUACUCGCUUCGGCGAGCGCAGAGAUACCAGACGAAACCCACACGACCAAAUGCGCCGCCGCAUUCGCCCAAGACCAGAUCUCUCGGGAUAUCGUGACCGACCAUGUCGUACGAUGUUUCAUGGCCCCCCGUCUCACCUCAUGCCGCCCUCCUCAGUUCUCCCAGCGGUCGCAAAAAUUACGCAGCACAUCGAACCGACAGUUCACCUAUAAAGCGAUCAGGAACGACGUCUGGCCUGGUUGACAGACUGCGGGCUGUCCGCAACAGUCAGGCUCUGUCACCGCAGGGAGAGGACAUGGAAGAUGACGUCGAAGAAGAUGAGGAGACGCUGCAACUCAAGCUAGCAGCCAUCGAGGCCAAGCUGAAGUUGAAGAAGCUACAACAAACAAAAGCACGUGCAGGAGCAGGAGGCGCUGAUAAUUUAUCACGACCAAGUUCAGCUCAUGGCAUUGAUUCGACCACGUCCAACACAUUCUCGAUAGGCCAUGACUCCAUAUCGCAAUCCGCACGGGUCGAAGUACAAAAGUCACCAUCGAGACGGCCCCAAAUUUCUUCCCAACCCAAGUCUCCUUCUAGAAUACUCCUCGGCAUCGACAAGGGGGUGCGCGGAGCAGACAUAUCUCUUCGUCGUGCAAAUACUACGGCCGGUACCAGUCGCUACAAGACAGACGCCGCAAGUCGAUUCGAGAGGCCCUCGUCUCGCUCAUCAGCACUCUCGGCACGUUCAGCAACUUCCACCGAGAACAGAAAGACUUUCAGCGAACGCAUGGCCGAUGCCCGAGAACGCGAAACAUCAAAUGAGCAACGUCGCAACCGUCAACGCAGCAAGGUCUUCAAUAUCGACGAGAACGAAAUCGAAAAGUUUCGCAUGCUAGCUCAGGAUUCUGCUCCUGCCCCUGCCCCUGCCCAAUCUCGAUCUCGCAUCCACCCGCAGCAAGCAGAAUAUACCAGAGACGACAUCAUAAACGCCAGCGACGAACGACACCUUAAGAAGAGCCACACGUUGCCCGAUCUCCGACAAACAUCAUCCCCACAAGUCUCUACUCUCACUGACGACAUACCUCCUCAAGGCGAUGCCUCCCUCUUCGAAGGCUUCUCCGGUUUGCACCUCACAUCCCGCAUCCUCCCACACUCUUUCCUCAGGCGCACACUGCCCACGGACCGCUUCACCAUCUUCCGCAUCCCCAGCCUCCUGAAGAUCGUCAAAUCGCCGUCGUUCGACCUCCCCGAGACGGUAGUAGAUUACGCCAUCUUCGGUAUCAUCGCAUCCAAAUCAUCGCCCAUGGACCAGAAAGCGCCCCGACCGGACUCGACCACCAUUGGUGACAACGACUGGCACCGCCAAUGGGACGACGGCAGUCAGAACUCACGGCGCUUCAUGGCCCUCACCCUCACCGACCUCAAAUGGACCAUUGAUCUGUACUUAUUCGGCACAGCGCUUCCGCGCUACCACCGUCUCAGCCCCGGCACAAUCGUCGCCAUCUUAAACCCGGGUAUUAUGCCCCCCAAACGAAGUAAGACUGACACUGGCGCAUUCAGCCUCAACCUGAGCAGCAACGACGACGUCGUUCUCGAAAUCGGCCAAGCCCGCGACUUGGGACACUGCAAGACCCUCAAGAAGGAUGGAAGAGAAUGCGGCGCCUGGCUCGACGGCUCCAAGACCGACAUCUGCGAAUGGCAUCUCAAUGCGCAACUUGACAAGACGCGUGCUAAGCGCAUGGGUGUCAAUACGGGAACGAAUGGGUUUGGAGGCGGCGGUGGAGAAGGCAACCGCGGUACUGCCAAGGGCAAGAAAGGUUUGCAGCCAAAAGACGGACACCGCUUCGAUAGGUUCACGGGAAGUCAUUUCUACAUUGCUGGCGGCGGUGGCGGAGGUGGUGGCAGUGGUGGUGGUUUCGACGGCAUAAGCGGCCCCUCAAUCCCAGAGGGGAACUUGUCUCGUGACCGCGGCGAACGGGUCCGCAAACACCUCGCGGCACAGGUCAAGGAACGCGAAAUCGCAGAGAAGCUAGGUAGCACGGGACACGGGUCCGGGUUUGGUUUUGGAAGUGCAGGGGCCGAGUAUCUCAAGGUCAGAGCGAGCAAGAGACAAAACACCAACAGUGCACAUGCAAGAGGUGAGAGGGGGCAAGGGCCAGGCUCACAGAAGCACAGCGAUACACUGAUGCCCGAUGAGCUAGGAGGAGGGUCGGGGUCUCAGCGCUCGUCGAAUCUCGUCAUGUCAGAUCUACCGUCGAGUGCGUUGGUGAAUGGUCGGAAACGGACGGCUGCCGACGUUCGCUUGUCGCCCGUCAAGAAGACGCGGUUCGUGACGGACAAGGGCAUCCGUGAGGCAGGGAGGGAUAGUGUAGGUGUCACUGCGUCAUCCGGCCGUGAUGAUGAAAGCGAGGACGACUUGGAAAUUGUCUGAUGUCGUCAUGCAGAGAGAGAAACACGGUUUGCGGAUAGGGAAAGGGAAUAAGAUCAGUAUAUGAGAUCAGGACACGGACUAGGAUAUGGGAAUAGGACCUGAACCUAUGAAUAUGAGUACGAAGGUUAUGACCCCCCAAAUACAACACCACUCUUUGGUAGCGCAUAGAUUUGAUUUCAUGGCCUCAAACAGCUA